GCGACUCUAAUUUUCCUGUUGUCGAUAAUCUGUCUGUUCUUGUCGCAGGAAAGGUUAGAAUUUUUAUAAAAUUAUUUGUUACAACUUAGCCAGCCAGCUAUCACGAUGUCGGACGCCCCGGGUCGCCCUAUGAAGUUCCCCUACACCUUCAGCGCUAAGAUCGCGCAGUUCCCGUUGAAGUUCUACGUCCAGAACCAAUGGAUCUGGCGCUACUGGAUGUUCGGUCUCGCCAUCUCUGUCCCCGUGUUCUACAAGAUCCACAAACUGGCUAACUCACCCGGCAAUGUCAGCAAAUGGGCUGAAAUCAGGAGGAAGGAAGCUGCUGAGCACCAUUAAAUUAAGAACAAAACCUAUAGUCCUGGGUUAUAAUCAUCAACUUGUGUGAUUUAUUUAUGUUGUAAGCGAAAUAUUAAAUCAUGUGCUAGUUACUUA